AGCGGUGACAGCGGCGACAUCCACGACAGGCACGACAGCCACGACAGGCAGGACAGGCACACGUGCCCGGGCGGCAGCGGAGCGAUCCCAUGGGCGGCUGCGGGCGCGGCGCGGCCCCGGCCCGGCCCGCAGUCACCCUGGGAAUCGCUGAAGCUGUUCUGUGCAGGAGGCAUUGCUGAGAUUCCCCUUGCAGCUAUGGACUUGGAUAAACAAUCCGUGUGGGGAUCCCUGAAACAGAAGACCCGGCCGUUCCUGCAAAACCUGAGUGUGAGGAAGACGAAGAAGAGUUCUGGCAAAAUGCUGGAGAGGAAGGGCCACUCCUUGGACCGCUGUCUCAGUGUGUCAGUGCCUGACAUGCUGGAGGUGGAGACUCUCGUGGGAGAAGAAGAAACGACUUACUCAAGUGCUCAGGUGUUGUCGAGCUGCUCCCCCAAGAGCUUUUCUAGGUCUGUGGUGUCCCUGAAAAGCAGAAACGCUUCGGUGACGGCAGUGGGAGAGGACUGGCUGUGGGCGUCACAGCAGGGGACACGGACAGAGGUGACCGUCACCUCCCCAGACACGCAGGCUGUGGGCAUUCACCUGAUGUCCUCACGAGGAGCUGAGGCUGUGGGCGGCCCUGUGUCCCAGGGGAAGAGGAGAUCCAGCGAGGACCUCUUUGAGCUGCUGCAGAGCUCCCGCCUGAGCGCCGCGCUGAGCGCCGAGGGGACAGAGUACCCGUGUGGAGAAAUGGAUUUUGACUCUUCCCUAUCAUCUCAAAAUUUUGAUGACCAAGUGGCUCUGGAGGAAGCAAACGACUGCCUGAGUGACCUGCCCAGCCCCUUUGCCUACCUGCUGACCAUCCACCUGAAGGAAGGCCGGAACCUGGUUAUCAGGGAUCGCUGUGGUACAAGUGACCCAUAUGUGAAGUUUAAACUGAAUGGCAAAACCCUCUACAAAAGUAAGGUAGUCUACAAGAACCUCAACCCAGUUUGGGAUGAAACUGUUGUGCUGCCCAUACAGACCCUCGAUCAAAAACUCUGGAUCAAGGUGUACGAUCGUGAUUUAACCUCUUCAGACUUCAUGGGCUCGGCAUCUGUAGCGCUCACUGAACUUGAACUCAAUAGAACUACUGAACAGGUUUUAAAACUGGAAGAUCCCAACAGUUUAGAAGACGACAUGGGAGUGAUUGUAUUAAACUUGAGUCUAGCAGUCAAGCAAGGAGACUUCAAGAGAAAUAGAUGGUCAAGUCGAAAGAAACGAACUUCAUCCAAGUCGAGUUUCAUGCGGAACAUGCGGCUCUCGGAGUCUCUGCGCAAGAACCAGCUGUGGAACGGGCUGGUCACCAUCACCCUCUUGGAGGGGAAGAACUUGCCCAGAGGGGGCUUGGCAGAGAUUUUUAUUCUCCUCAAACUGGGAGAUCAAAGAUACAAGAGCAAGACACUGUGUAAGAGUGCAAAUCCUCAGUGGAGGGAACAGUUUGAUUUUCACUACUUCUCUGACAGGAAGGAUAUAUUGGACAUUGAGGUGUGGAGAAAGGAUAACAAAAAGCACGAGGAGCUUUUGGGAACGUGCCACGUUGACAUUACUGCCCUGCCAACAAAGCAGACCAACUGCUUGGAGCUGCCUCUGGAAAGACAUCCAGGGUCCCUGCUGAUGCUGAUUGCUGUUGCCCCAUGUACAGGAGUGUCUAUCUCUGAUCUGUGUGUCUGUCCUUUGGGAGACCCCAAUGAACGGCAGCAGAUUUCUCAGCGUUAUUGUGUAAAGAAUUCCUUUCGUGACAUAAAGGACAUUGGCUUCUUACAAGUCAAAGUUUUAAAGGCAGUGGACCUGAUGGCAGCAGACUUUUCAGGCAAAAGUGAUCCUUUCUGUGUCUUGGAGCUGGGAAACGACAUGCUUCAAACACACACUGUUUACAAGAACCUCAAUCCAGAGUGGAACAAAGUUUUCACAUUCCCUAUUAAAGACAUUCACGAUGUUCUGGAAGUGACAGUGUUUGAUGAAGAUGGAGAUAAACCCCCUGAUUUCCUUGGAAAAGUUGCCAUCCCUCUGCUGUCUAUUAGAAAUGGUAAACAAAGUUGUUACACACUGAAGAAUAAAGACUUGGAGCGUGCUUCAAAAGGAGUGAUUUACUUGGAGCUGGAUGUCCUAUUUAAUCCUAUAAAAGCAAGUAUUAGAACAUUCAAGCCCCGGGAAAAGCGCUUUACUGAGGAGAACCGCAAAUUUUCUAAAAAGAUCUUAUCAAGAAAUGUUGAUCGCGUGAAAAAAAUCACCAUGGCAAUAUGGAAUACAAUACAAUUCCUUUGGAGCUGCUUUCUCUGGGAGUCCACGGUAAAGAGCCUGAUAGCAUUCGUGGUAUUUGUGGUCACCGUCUGGACCGUGGAGCUGUACAUGGUGCCCCUGGCUUUGCUGGUGCUCUUUGCAUACAAUUUCUCCCUCGUCACAACAGGGAAGGUCAAUAAUGCCCAGGAUGCCCAGGAGCUCAUGGGCUUGGAUGAAGACGAGGAUGAAGAUGACAAGGAGUCUGAGAAAAAGGGGCUAAUUGAGAGAAUCCACAUGGUCCAAGAGAUCAUCAUAGCUGUUCAGAGCAUCCUGGAAGAAAUAGCAUCGUUUGGAGAGAGAAUUAAGAACACAUUCAACUGGACCGUGCCUUUCCUCUCUGUCCUGGCCUGCUUGGUCCUGGCAGCAGCAACAGUUAUUUUGUAUUUUAUACCACUGAGGUACAUUGUUUUAAUCUGGGGCAUAAAUAAAUUUACUAAGAAGCUUAGAAAUCCCUAUGCCAUCGACAAUAAUGAGCUACUAGAUUUCCUCUCCAGGGUACCAUCUGAUGUUCAAAAGGUGCAGCACGCUGAAUUGAAACCAUCCAGCAGCUCCAGCCCCAUCAGGAAGAAGCGGAGCGCGCUCUAGGAUGCGGUGGGGUUUGGGAAUGCAUCCCUCCCCUCCUUCUUGCUUCAGAACAACACUAGAGUCACUGCCACAGACUUUCUCUUUCUUGGAAGAUGUGGUUUCUGAUAAACACCUAUCUUGGGUUUGCUUUCUGGGUUGUCUUUUUGGCAUCCCAAAAAAAAGAGCAAGGUGAAACAUGAAUUAGUUUGUGGGAUGGGGAGGAGAAUGGGAGAGGAUGGUGCAACUGCACCUUUUAUUUUUCUUUUUUUUCCCCCCCUUUGAUUGCAGAGACAAGGCUGGAUGUGGCAGCACUCCCUGUGUUAUGUAGGAAGAGAUAAUUCUGCUUAGUGUACCAGAUCAGCUGAGCUGAUGUGAGGAGAUGCUCUGAACCAGUUUUUAACAUAUCCAACAGAUUUACAUUAAGAUAUGAAAGCUAUUCUUUUCUGAGUUAAAUCACUGUGCCUAGAAAGGUUUAAGCUCUGAAUUAACGAGUCUUUGAUACCCAUCUUCUGUUCAAGCAGUGUACAUUUUAAAAAGUUUUUUAUCAUAAUUAGCAGAAAGAGCUAGGAGCUCCAACAGUAUCUCAAUAUUUCAUCCAGCACUUGUGGGUUUUUCUUUUUCCUUUUUUUUUUUCCUUUUUUUUUUUUUAAAGCCCAGACUGUGGUUAACUCUUUGUAUACUGGAAUCAUCAGAGAUCCAUUGCUGGCAAUGGAUGCAUGAAAACCUUAUGCCAUGAAAGGAUUAAGAGAAAAGGCUAACUCAGUGACCUGAAAAGACUCUGUUGGCUUGCCUUUUAUAAUUCCAUCUCAUCAGAUAUCUUCAGCAUAGCUGUUGUUUUCCUGUCUAAAUCCAGAGGGGUCAACACUACAGAUCCAAGAGGAAAAAAAAAAACACUUCAUAGCCUUAAAGAAACAAGUGCUUGUGCAGAAAGAGAGCAUGUGCCCAAAGAAGUGAUUGUGCAAUAGUGUGCAGGCUUUGGUCCACCACUGAUGUCUUCUUGCAGUCUUUCCUGGUGGUUCACAAGGAGAGGACCCAAAAGUGAAGUCAAGUGGAAACAACAAGGGAAAGACAGAAGAAAGGACCCCCCUUUUGUGUUCUGUGGAGAAUGUCAUUUCUUGCUUGCUUACCAAUCUUUUAGUAGUUGUGCAUUUGCUUUAUGUAUUUCAGAAAACCAGCAUUAGUCAGGUUGUUUGGCUGGGGAAAGCAAAACACAGAAUUGUGUGUAAAACCUGCUUAAUUUUGGUGAUACUGCAGCCCUCGGUCCUUUAGGUGCUGUGGGAGAUUUUGGGAGUGACUUGUCACCACAAGCCUUUGGUAGUAGGAGGGCUGAAGUUGUUGCUCAUGAUUUCCAGGCAGGGAUUACCACCAGCAUUCCCUGGGGUAGUUGACAGUACAAAGAAAUACAGAAAUCCUGAGAGAAAGGAUUCUUUCUGGGGAAAAAAAAAAAAAAAAGGCUCUGAAAGUCAUCUAAUAAAAGGUAAAAUGGUUAAAACCUCGCUUAUGGAUUGGUGAUCCAGAUGGAGUUGUGUGUGGUUCUGUAGCAGUCUUGGGGGCCUGUUCCAAGAAUCUGAAGAAGGAAAACUAACAGCAGACUAUCUUCCACGGGGUUAUUAGCCAGAUUCAGUAGUUUUUCAUAAGUUCUUUUUUCAAAGUCCCACUGUGCCUUUGAAUAAAGACAGGCACAUUUUCAUAUACUUGAUUGGCUAAAGAAUGUAUUUUGCUCAUGCAAAGCUGUGUGUAGCUGCAAAUGGAAGGAUUGAGGAAAGAUUAUCCUGGUUUAAAAAGCCACAAAAAUGCCUCUUUGUUUGCACGUGUGCUUGUGUACCCAUGCAUAUACAGAGUUGUGUAUAAAGAGUACAUAUUUAAUGUAUUUAUAGGCGAGUGUGUGGGGGAAAAUGGGUGAGUAUACAGAUUUAAAAACCUUGAAAAUGUUUAUGAAAAAUGCCAAAGAUUCUAAAGCUUAUCAUCUCGCGUCUGUUCUUCUUCAUUUUGUAUCUUUCCCGGCAUGUCUCUCUGGCUGAGCCAGAUCUCUGCAUGAUUUGAUUUACUUCAACUUAAUGAAGCUGGUUGGAAAGAGCCUUGUAGAAAUUACAAAAUCUCCAGUAAAUCUCCUUCUUGUACAUACAAUAGAUGUCCACGGAACCCUUUUGUUAAACCAGUUUCUCAAUCUUCUCUGUAAACAAUGCCUCAUUGUCUCGCUUCAAACUAUCAUCUGGUUUAUCAUACUGUAAUCUUGUCAUUUUGUAAGGACCAAAGUCAGGCAUAUUUAAGCAGGCGUGUGGGAUCUGAUCGUUGAUUUGAGUGGAAACAUUAAACUGCAGGAAAAACUGUUUAUUUAUUCAGAAAUUUGGAUUGAUUCUUUACUAGUUUGGGGGGUUUUUCUUUAGGUUUUUCCACGUGGAACUGAUUUCUAUUCAGGAGAUGUGGUGUUAUCUUUUUCUUAAUUUUUUUUUCUUUGGUGUAGAUAUCUUGGGUUUCAGAAUAAUUUGUGUUAAUUGUUAUGCUGGAGACAUACCAAAUGAAGGGGUUUGGAUGGUCCAGUACCUAUAUAUGUUGUGAUGAGCUCUUUGUUUUGAUAAAUGCUGUUUGAAAUGCAAUAAACAUUUGAGGUUAAACUGAU